AUGUUUACAACAACCGGCACCGCCGCCAAGCCAGAUCCUUCCAAAAACGACCCUUCGACAGGCUCGGGAGCAAAUCCCUUCGACUCACCUUUUGAUGGCGAUGAUGAUGCUUAUGGAUGGUGGGACGAAGAGGAAGCUCCUGGAAGAGGUACCUCCAAAGCUGACAAGGCACCGCGGGUCACGCAAUGGCCGAAGCUCCGUGAAGGUACUGGUGCAGGAUACAGUACUAAAACCCUAAAUCGGAACGGGACUCGAAAAUCAGACAGGAGAUAUUCUGUUAGCAAGCCGCACCGGCUCAAAUCUCGAGCGAGACAGAAGAAGCAAAAUGCGAAUGCAGGAAUAACGCUCGUGACCGACUUUUCCUCCAGACAAAAACCAAUCCCGCCACCGGUGCAGUUGCAGCCCGUUAGAUCGGCACCUGAGAAUGGCUGCUUCGUUGAUCUGGCUGCGCUUCAAGCAUUGAAUGGCGAAUCAACACAGGCAUCUGGUGGGUUUUGGAGGUUCGUGAAAACCAAGGCGGACGCGAGAGCUCCAAAUGCGGCGCCUGCUGUGCCAGGCAAUGCUCCUAAUAUCACCACCUCUGGCCCUUCUCAGGGGGUUCCCAAGACUGCCAUACCCUCGAGACGAAGAGCGUCAACUCUUUUGAAUACUCCAAUUGACCCUCGCGCGGAUUUAUCACCAAGCGACCGCCCCAUAGUCAUCGGUCUAUCCAUCCCCUCUAGUGAUGUUUCUGUGCAUACAUUAAGCCCGCAAACUGCUUCAUCUGAAACGUCCAAAAUAAUAAGAAGUUACGAACGUCGAGUCCCCAGCAGCCAGCCUCCAGAAACUCCCACCAUCGUUAUUACACCUGCCCAGGAAGGUUCCUCUUGGUCACCAUUCGAUCAGGGCACCACUUAUUCAUCUCAGAACCAUCCUUCUACCGAUGGGGCAUUGAACAGCAAGAAUGUGCCUCCAGUUCCAAAAGUGCCGGUGUAUGUUCUUAGAGAAGAGCAGCAGAGGCUAGCUGCCCAGAAGAGCUACUUCUCGCCGGACUCAGAUGAUGGUACGGUAUGGGAAGAUGUAUAUCCAUCAAGUGGCUCCUCCUCCCGCGUAGUCUCAUCGGGUACCAUCUUCGAGGAGGAUAUAAGUCCUAUAUUAGCGAGGACAGCACGGGCGGUAUCAGUAUCUGGGGGACGAAGCGCAGGCAAGCAUGCAAGCAUCAGUACUGUUGGCACCAGCCGACGCUCAGGAUGGUGGAAUUAUAUUACCACUCCAUUUUUGACCCGAUCAAAUACCUUUGCGACACGAGAAGUUGAAAACCAGCAACCUCCAGUUCUUCCUAGUCUUGCAAUUGCUGCUGCAAAAAUACAGGAUGCUGACAGGGCUGACAAGUCGUGGGAGAAGCAAUUCUCCCCGCUGACACCGGCAACAUCAACAACCAUACAGUCUGACUCCUGGUGGGAUGUUGAGUCAAAGGAUUCGAAACCUGUAACGCACUCUCCAGUACAUUCAGAUACUCGGCAUAAAGUCCAAGCGUCCACAGCUACAGUACCGUUCAUUCUUUCAGAACGCAUUCUCUCAGAAGAUCCGCCUCACAACGUCGUGGAUUCUACUUCCAGAGGAGCCCAUUCUACCUCAACUGAGAGUGCUCACUCCAACAGUAGAGUAGCGGCCUCGCUUGAUGACUCAAAUAUGAGCGGCCUCCAAAGCAACAAUCAGUAUUCACAGCCACAAAGAGAAGAUCUCCACCAUGCGUCCAACACCACCCUAUCUACUAGGAGACAACCCGAAGAGCCUGCUCCGGUUGCAGUUGUGCAGCCUCCUCAGCCCACCUUUACGCAUACUCAAAGAAGCCAGUCUCCAUCGGAAGUUCCACCACCACCACCAUACUCACCAUCGCCACCUCGCAUCCCGAGAUACCGGGCAGUCUUCCCGCCCGGGCAUGCUCUCAAUAUCGAGCAUCCUGCCUCUCCAGGACCUGUCACACCUGGGAUGCAACAAGCCAUGGCAUCUUCGGGAGCUAUUCCAAUGGCAAAUGUGCCCCUGACGCCUCCUGCUCGAGGACCGAUAAACUUAAACUCGUCAUAUGCCGAACUACCACCCAGACAGAAUGGAGUAUAUUUCGCCCCGCCCCCAUUACAACCAGUAUCCAGCAAGGCCCGUAAAGCGGAAGCCAAGCGUAGGCGACAAGAAAAGGAAGAUGCGCUUGCUCAUAAAGCUGGAGGCUUAUAUCGAGGCCGUGGCUGCAUUCCCAAAGAAGGUUGUUAUGGGCGUAAAGGAGCGGAAGGCCGCAAGAGACGUCGAUGGUAUCUGGGACUGGGCAUCGGCCUUCUACUGAUGAUAAUUUUGAUUGUGACUCUGGCACUCACUCUUCAUCGGAAACCAAACUCAUCUGUCCAGCCCUCUCAGUGGCUAAAUUUGACAGGCUUCCCCCCAAUAUUUGUGGGGCUUUCAACAAUAGUUGCACCAGAAAAUAUUGUGUCAAACACUGGGUGUGUUUUCCCAGCGACCCAAUGGAGUUGCAAGUUGCCCAAAGAGCUUCAGGCAUCAGUCAAGCCUAAGCAACCCAGCCAGCCGAACUUUCUCUUACAGAUCCAAUGGGAUAACAGCAGCUCAGCCAAUACUACCUUUGCUAAUGUUACGGGAAACCCAAACCUUGUCACUCGCGCAGCUGGUGGCAGCGCCGUAUCUGCAGGUCAAUUCAUCAAACACCUAGUUCUCCGAGCGAAACAGGCGGUAACAUUUGCACCUUCGCCACAACCACCCUCUUUCGCCGACGAGUUCUUUCUAGGCAACACAACAGACGGUGUUGUUUCGGACCAGAAAGCUGGGGAACCUACGCCGUUUUAUAUAACAUUACUAUCCACAGACUUAUCUAACCAUACCAAGAGGGGUCUCCCCGAACAACACCAGUUAAUGGCUAGGGAUUCGGAUCCGUUUCCGGACGUCUCAUCUAUUAUCCCGGCACCCAGCCUCAGCUCGGAUGGUACAGCUGCACCGGCCAAUCUUUUGCCUCUCCCAACUCAGCAGCCUAUUCGACUCUAUGACCGUGGACUCCCAUCGGAACGUUAUAGUUUCUACACCUACUUCGAUCGAUCGAUCUUUCUCAAAUCUCUCGAUCCGCUAAACAGUACAAAUUCCGAGAGCGGGGCAGUUCCUGAUGAUGAGAAUGGAGGAGCUCCUGAGAACGCAGCAGGCUUUAGGUGCACCUGGGCGCAAACUAGAUUUAUGGUUCAGAUAUGGACCCGUAUGAAUACCACAGCUCAGCUUCUCAACCGCACCCGCUCAGCUUCAGAAGAUCCGGCAGCGGACUUCGAGCAACCGGGUUCAUUUCCUUAUCCUGUCACGAUCACUACAGAUCGUCACGGUGGUGAUCCAGCCAGGAAGAUGCUAUAUUGCUAUAGCCUCGACAGCCGAGAGCGUCCUAUUUCCACAAGCGGCAAGAUCAUGGCAGAGAAUAGAUCAUUUGGAGGAGUUCCCAUCAAUCCCGCCGCUCUGCUCUUCUCCAACUCUUCGGAUCCUUCCCUGGGUGGCUUCGAUGGCGGAGCUGGAGGAUGCAGUUGUCAGUGGAGCAACUUCCAGGGCCUGGCCUGA